AUGGAUCAAUUCUAUCAUGAAGUGGCUUGCGCAGCAUGUUCACGACUGAGGAGGCGUUGCAUUAAUGCUUGCAUUAUGCGUCCAUACUUCCCACCUGGGGAUGAUUUGAACUUUAUCAACGUGCAUUUCACGUUUACCAACAAUAAUGUGGAGAGAUGGAUAACACUGAGGGAGACUGAAGAGCAGAAACGGGACCUGGUAAGGGCACUGAAAUGGGAAGCUGGCCAGCGCCUCUUCAACCCAAUCGAAGGAAGUUACGCGGUGUGCAUGAGGCAGCGCCAGCGAAUUACAGAAUUGAAUGCUCAGGUGCAAUUUCUGUUGAUGAUGGUUGACCAUUUUAACCAGCAACAAUAG